AUGUUGACAUGUAACCAUCCAGUUCCUCCGGAUCGGUACAACGAAAGGGUGGAGGAUCAUUUGCGAAUUACCGGGUUCUAUCAUGUGUCUCAGAUUGGGAUAGUGCAGUGUCAAAAAGCAUUGGUAAAUGCUCUAAUUGAACGUUGGCACCCAGACACACAUACGUUUCACCUUCCCAUUGGUGAAUGUGCUGUGACACUUGAAGAUGUAGCUCUGAUUCUUGGUCUUCCCAUAGAUGGUCUUCCAGUCACAGGGAUGACAAUGAGUAGCUUUGAAGCCAUGGAGGCGGAGUGUUUGCUUCAGUUUGGUGUUGCACCGCGAAAGGAGGACUAUAGAUCUAGCUGCAUAAAACUGACGUGGCUGCGGAAUCUAAAACAAAAUUUAGAAUUGACUGAUGAAAUAAAUAUACAGAGGUAUGUGAGGUGCCACAUUAUAUUGUUGAUCAGAACAAUCUUGUUUGGGGAUAAGUCAGGGGCAGGUGUCCACUGGAAAUUUCUACCCUUACUUCGUGACUUUGUCAAUAUUGGACAGUAUAGUUGGGGCUCGGCAUGCCUAGCACACCUUUACAGGACGUUAUGCAGGGCAUCUCGUUAUAACUGUAAGGAAAUAGAUGGUCCACUAACACUUCUCCUCGGUUGGCUUGGAUCCGACUGCCAUAUCUAUCGCCGCUUCCUAGAGAACUCCACAGUUUUCCACUAG